GCCGGGAUGCGAUGCGAACAGGGACAACCAACCGAACCAACUCGACCUCCUCCAACGAAUAAGAGGUUUCAGCAAACGCAGGCACAGGUUAAUGAAGUCGUUGAUAUUAUGCGAGUCAAUAUGGAAAAAGUGCUUGAAAGAGAUGCCAAACUGGCUCAACUUGAUGAUCGAGCAGGUGGAUAUUUUUUCAUUGUCACCAUACCAAGUAGUUAA